UUAAAGUGGGUUUAACUCCGAACCGAACAGCAGUUCUGCUCAGUCAUUGUUGAGUCCAGCACGAAAGGAGAAGGAUGAGGAGUUUCUUCCUCUUCGUUUUCGCGGGCUUUGCCCUCACCAGCGACGCCAUUAUCCGGUAAGUGGAGAUAAAAUCGGUUAAAGAUGAAGUUAUUGAGAGUAAACGGAGCUGUUUGUUCGGUCUGUGGACUCGUUAGCAUAUAACUUACACAACAUUAACUCUGUUAGCGGGACAAUAACAAGGUGGUCAGUCUAAACCCAUUUAAACUCUCAAACAUCCUCCAACAGGAACCUUAAAAGAACAGUCUGUGACCUCUGAGCUCAUAUCUGUUUGUUUUUAUCUCCUCGGGGACUCUCUGUCCAUCCUGCGACAUCUAAGAUCUUUACGGUCCAGUAUUCAGUUUGUAAGUCCGGACCGGACCGGUCAUGGACUGGAGUUAGUUCCGACUGAGUCAUCUGAUUGGACCAGAGCCGAUCGGUAAUACCGAUAUACCGAAUAUUAACGCAGCAGGGACUUUUCACUGCGUGUAUCCCUCCGCCUCAGCGAGCUAAUCUACCUGCAGAUGAAGAACAGGACAGUCUGUCAGAAUCAAUGGAGUUCAUAAAAGACUGUGAAUAAACUGAUAAAAGUCGUAAUCUGGGAGCUGAUCGUUUACUCUGGUCUGCAGGUGAUUAAGUUACGAAAAAAAAACACAUUUGUUGCUUCUUAACCCGAGAACACUAUCGUUAAAAUUAGUAUCACUAUCACUAUCGGGUGAUUUUUUACCCGAAAUAAUAUACACAAGAAAAAGUCCUUGUUAUCAAAAAUAUAAAAAUAGGACAGUAGAUGAAAAAUUAAAGUAGUUUUCUUUUUAACUGUUGAAUGUCCAAAGAGAGGAAAGGUGACAUGAGGGGACCAGAUAAAAAUACAACAAAAGAACUGAAGUUAGGCAUUCAUCAACAAACAAUUACUAAAAACAAAAUAUAUAAAUAUAUGUAAACUGUAAAGUUAGUUUGUUUUACCCCCCAACAAAUAUGUCCUCAAAGAUGUCAAAGGAAAUACUGAAGAUACUCAGAGACCCAUGAUACUCAGACAAACACAACAUCAGGAAAAUCACCUAAAAACAGGUUUGGUCGGGGAAAAUCACCCGAGCGAUAGUGUUCGAGGGUUAAACCUGUUUUUGUAUUUCAUUUAUAAUUUUCGAUGUUACAGUUGUGGUACAGCACUGAACUGAUGCAGAUUAACUAAAGUAAAAAAGAAAAUAAACAGUUAGAAAAUCAAUAAAGGUAUGUAAAGAGAGUGAAAUUUUCAGGAUGAAUUAUUUAGAAAAUUAUGAGCAGCUGAUUAUUGUUAAUGUAAAUAAAAGAAAUAUAAAUAAUCAAAUGAUGAUAUAUUUCUUUAUAGCACUUUCAAAAACAGAAGUUGACAAAGUGCUUUGACAAACAGUCUCAUGGAAAUAAAAACAGAUAAAAAACUAAAGCUCAGUUAAAAACCUCCAAACUGAAGACCAGUUUCAUUUGUCAUGAGAAACCCGGACAAUACAGGAACCCCACAACAUAAAUGAGACCAUGAGGACCGAAAUAAAACAUUAAAUAGGUAAGAAGAAGAAAUGUGAUAGAAAAGAGAGGGGGCUGGAAAUAUGAUAGACACACCGAACUUCUGACGAGGAGAAAUGAGCGUUUUUAUUUUCCCUCUGUUUGUUUUUUCAGCAGGUUUUCUUUUUGGAUUUGCUGCCUCACAUUCAUGCUUUCAUAGCUCACUGAAACUGUGGUGUUUUCAUUGGACUGUCUUUUUGAAUGCGUGAGUUUUUUGGAUGUUUGUAUGUCAGUGAUGAUUGGAAUCUGCAGUGAAGACGGUGUAGACUGAUCUGAGCUCAAACCAGAGGCUGCAUAAAUCCGCAGGUGUAAAUCUUUGUUCCUUUGUGAAGUUGAUUUUCCUGUUUCCUGUGAUCGGUUGGUCGGUGCCUCUUGGAUGGGUGUGUUCAGGUCAAAGCUGAAUUAUGUAUCACACUAUAUUGCAACACUCAGUUUGAUAACAGUGUGUAGAGAAGGCAUGUGGGCCACCUGUUAUCAGCACAGCUCCACUGGUGUGGGUGUUUGAGUGGCCUUUGUUUUAUUUUCCCAUGAUUCACAGGUCUGUAACCGGCUGAAAUAACCUCCUGAGUCACUCCCUCCCUCUUUUCUUCCCCUUCAGAAUCCCCUUAAAGAAGUUCCGCUCCAUCAGACGUGAGCUGACGGACUCAGGGAGAAACAUCGAGGAGCUGCUGGCUGACAAACACUCCCUCAAGUACAACCUUGGCUUCCCCACCAGUGGUGGACCCACUCCAGAAACCCUGAAGAACUACCUGGAUGUAAGCAUGGCACUCUUAAACCACUGACCUGUGCACCCAGAAGGCUUCACUUUCACUAAUGCACCUCUGAGAGGCUAAAAGCCACAACAAAGGUGUCCCUGUGUCUGACCUGCUCUGUAAAUCCUCCAGCUCAGAGUCCUGCAGACUCUCCUGAACAGAAUAAAUCCUGUUUACAGACAGAGCGCAGAAACGCUGAGUCACUCUGGAUUCUGCUCUCAUAUCGGCACAUGACAGCUGCUGACUCAGUGUUUCCACCUGUUUUCUUAAGCCCCCCUAAUCAGCUGACAGAUGAAGCAUGUCAAUACAAGACGGGGAAUCAAGCUGCUCCAAGGCUGCUGCGGUUUAAAGAAAGCUUUACCGUAAAACCCAACAAUAAUAUUCACAGAGCUCAGUGUGCCAACGUUUCAAAAGAGGAGAAAGUCAAGCAAACCUUUCUGAAAGGCAGAUAAGAGUGUUUGUGUGCUCAGAUAAUCAGAUUUCAGCCUCAACGUCACAUCAGUCCAACUUUAAGGUUCUCAGACAGGAGGAGAGAGAGAGACGAACAUGGGAGUCUGAGGGUCUCAGCACUUAUCAAAGAGUUUAAAAAAGGAGGUUUGAGACUAAAACCAGACUAAAUACAUUUGUCCUGAAUCCUUUUAUAUCGUCCGAUCUCGAUUAUUAUCACGAUAUUUUUUUUAAACUGUCAGUUUUAAAUCAUUUGUACUACAAACUGAAGAAACUAGAGAUUAGUUCAACAUUUUAUUAACAUACAAAGUCAAUAUAAGAAACUUAAAAAAAUAUAAAAACCAUUUUUACUCAACAGAACAACAAAUGUAGAUAAAUAUUAAAUUAUGAAGUGAACUAGUUUACAGUCCUGAGUGUUUCUGAUAGACCUAAAAUAAACAGAUGUCCCCCUCAGAGAAAAUGAAGACGCCUUAAAUGUAAACAUUAGAUGAUGUAAACGUAGAUGAUACGAUGGAUUGAUUGCUUUGGUCUGGUCGCUGCACCGCUUGUUGUAGAUAAACUGCUAAUGCUACUCAUGCUGUCAGCAGUGACAGGCUGUACAGACUCCGCCCACAUUUUCAUGCUUUCCGCUCACCGUAUUUUUCACACCAUCAAUGAGCGCGUCUAUUUUCAUACAUACUCAAAACGAACAUGAUAACCAGUCGAACCUGCAAACAUCUUCACAACAGGACGAGUUCAAUCUGUAGAGAAAUCAACACCUGAAAAAACAGGUCCAUGUUGUUUAUUGAUUAUUGAUUAGUCUGUGAGUGAAAACCAGCCAAUCAGAAGUUUACCAUCUGCUGAAAAAGCAGUUGUUUCUUAGUGAGCGCUCCAGUUAAUGUUAAACCUUUUUAACAGAAGAUCCAAACUCUCAGAGGUGGAUGAUAAACCAAGUCUGUGUCCUCAAACUGAGAGAGAGCAGGAAGCAGAGGGUGGUGGUGGUUCAGCUCUGAUCAGAAAAGGACGGAGACGGGUCGACAUGUCAACAUUUCUGAGGUUUUAAACCCGAGUCUGUGACUCUCAACCAAAGAGGAAGUUUGACUCAUCUGACUGUGGAGAAAUCUGUCACCUCAGUCCGCCGGAUAUUGUGAAAGUCUAACGAGUGAUUUACUGACGUGAGUAAAAACCCACUCUGUGAAGCUGCUGUGUCCGUCUCAGAUCAGUUCUGGCGGUUCAAAGUUGGGUUUUUUUUAGUUUUUUUUUUUUUUUUUUUUUUUUUUUAAAACAUAUUUUUUUUCACGUUUAUAUAACCCCCCCCCCCCCCCCAAAAAAAAAAAAAGUGCUUUUUUUAACCACAUAAUUUCCUCCCCUCCCCAUUAUUCCAUAGGGAAACAGAACAGAAAGAAAAGAAAUUAUAAACAUAUGAAUAAACAAAGAGUACAGAAUCAGACGCGUUCAUUAAAAAGGAACAAAAUAAGAAAAGAAAAAGGCAGCAACAAUGAUAUCAAUAAACUCCAUCCAAAUGUCUUUACAUCUAGGCUACAUAUAUGAACAUAUUCAUACACAUGCUAAAUUACAAACAGUCAUCGGUCCCUCUUUAAGAAAUUCUCUAAUUUUGAAAAUAAUGGAGUCCAAAAAUCUUGAAAGAUAAAAACACAAUUGUAUUUUUCCAGGGUGGAUUUUUUAAGUGGUAAAAACGCUGAAGAGGUUGAAAGUUGGCGGGAAAUCGUCUCUCCAAAGUAAAUUAUACAGUUCUUAGUGAAAUAUGUGAUUAUAAUUAAUAUCCUGCAUUUUUCGGUCCGACUGAAGAUCCAAUGGUUUGAGAUCGAAUUUCCAAAACUGAUUGUUUGUUUCACAUAUUUUAAACCAAGUGUUUUCUUUAAAAUCCAUCCCCAGUUCUUUAUCCUGUAUCUUCUCUAUAGUUUGAAAAGAUGACAGACCUCUUUGUGAUAUAAUAUUAUAGAAUUCACUGAUCUGUCCUUUAAUCUGAGGUCAUGACCUCUAAUUCAGAUGACCCAAAUCAAAGUUUAUUUUCUUUAAUUAGUGAUUGAACGAUGCUCCUCAUCUCUUUGUCAGGAAUCUUGUUUUCUGAUUUGAAGUCAAUGAUUUUAUUUGCUUGUUUGAUGAGGAUGAAAAACUGAAGAUUCAGAGAUUUCAGAAAAAUGAUCUAAACAGAGAAAACUGUUCCUGUGUUCACGUUCAGAGAGGUCUGUUUUUUAAAGUGUUUUCAUAUGUGAGAGAAAAAAAAAAGGGUCUUUAUUUUCUUUUUCACCCUCACUCGGGUUCUCCGCCGUCACAUAGUCCAGGAAACCUAAUCAGGGAUUAAGUCUUAGAUCUUUGCUCAGGGUUCAGAGGAUCAGAUCAAGAAUAAAAAGGCUCAUUCCGUCUAAAAAUCACAGUCCGACAUGUUUGAAAACCCGAGUCCAGCUCAGUGUCUCUGUGUGGACAGAACCUCCAGCUCUCAGGAUUAUCCUAAUCUGGUUUCCUGAAACUGGAGAUCAGCGGAGUUCUGUGGUUUAAAGUUAAUCCAAACAGGCUUUACUGAUUAAUGUUCUUAUUGAUUAUCAUUGAUCGACCUUCUGUUGUUUCUCAGGCUCAGUAUUACGGAGAGAUCGGCCUCGGGACCCCCCCUCAGCCCUUCACCGUGGUCUUCGACACCGGCUCCUCCAACCUGUGGGUGCCCUCCGUCCACUGCUCCCUCCUGGAUAUCGCCUGCUGUGAGUCUGACGGUCCGAGAGUCCGACUGUAGAGUCACACACCUGAACGCCAGACCGUAUAACAGCCCCCUCCUCUCUUCCUCCUUCCUCUCUCCUCCUCUUCCUCCUCUCAGUGCUUCAUCACAAAUAUAACUCGGCCAAGUCCAGCUCCUACGUGAAGAACGGCACCGCCUUCGCCAUCCAGUAUGGGACGGGCAGUCUGUCGGGUUACCUGAGCGAGGACACCUGCACGGUAAGAUCCUCUCACUCCCAUCAGUCGUGGUCUUGGACUCGGGUUCCUCCUGGUCCUUUGACCCUUGGGGAUCUCUGACUCCUGAUUCGGUUCAUGAAGGGGGUCCAACUGAUCCCUGUCAAGAUCUCAGACCUGCUCUAAAACCAGGAGCCUCUGAGUCGGUGACCCGGGGUCGUGUUGAACUUCGUCAGGGAGUGAAUUCUUGUGUUUGGGUUUACCGGGACCAUCUGGAUCGGCUGUGAUCCUUCUAAAGGUUCAGGUUCUUGUAAAUCCUCACAGUCUCGGGUCGGAUCCUGAUCUUCUUCACGGGUUUAUAAACGGGCGCGUUUUCUCCGGUUAAAGACGGAGUGAUCAGGAUUAAAGCUUCAGGCUGUCAAACUGUGAGGAGGUUUUCAGAGACCCUCGGUUAGACCUGGUCUUCAGCUGGGUCCUUGUCUGGAUCAGGACAUCCUCAGAUGGUUUUGUUUGGUCCUCUUUGAGGGGCCGGUUCAGGUCGGUGAGUAAGGCGGCGCCUCAGGUCCGGGUCCACGGUGUGAAAGUCACCAUCUCCUGGUUUUCUUCUCUGCAGAUCGGAGACCUCGCCGUGGAGAAGCAGCUCUUCGGAGAGGCCAUCAAGCAGCCGGGCGUGGCCUUCAUCGCAGCCAAGUUUGACGGGAUCCUCGGCAUGGCGUACCCCCGGAUCUCAGUGGACGGGGUCGCUCCGGUCUUUGACAACAUCAUGAGCCAGAAGAAGGUGGAGAAGAACGUCUUCUCCUUCUACCUGAACAGGUGAGACUCACUGAUAUCUUUUAAAAACGUGAACCUGAUGUCUGAAACAUCGUCCAAUCAGAAUCCUUCUUUCUUCAGGAACCCCGACACUGAGCCCGGCGGCGAGCUGCUGCUCGGAGGAACUGAUCCGAAAUACUACAGCGGAGACUUCAACUACGUCAACAUCACCCGGCAGGCGUACUGGCAGAUCCACAUGGACGGGUCAGUACUCACAUAUCUAACAGACAGAGGAGACUCCUGAAGGGGGUCAGAGGGGUCCAGACAUGGGACCAGGACUAGACCUCAGACCAAAGGAAACAAACGACCAAUGAGACGAACAGAGCUGACCUUUAACCCUCAGUUCGACUUUGUCCCCAAAACAGACGAGCAGAUAAAGUUCAUAAAAUCAUCAUUUUUAAACAUUUUCUUUUACUUUUUUUGACACAAAUCUCUUAAACAACUUCAGCCGAGACCAUCAAAAAAGUCAUAAAUAAAAAUGGAUGUAUUUUCCUUUUUCAAGUAUUUUUUUUUUUAAUGUUAUGAUUGUUCUUCUGUGUGUGUGUGUGUAACAGGAUGUCUGUGGGCUCUCAGCUGAGUCUGUGUACCAGCGGCUGUGAGGCCAUCGUGGACACGGGGACGUCUCUGAUCACCGGUCCCUCCGCUGAAGUCCGGAACCUGCAGAAAGCCAUCGGAGCCACGCCCCUCAUCCAGGGAGAGGUCACACACUUACUGAAAACGCACACAUAAACACACACACACACGCUAACAAACGGAGGAGAGGUGACUGAAGAGUGUUUGAACUGUUUGUGUUUCAGUACAUGGUCAGCUGUGACAAAGUCCCGUCUCUGCCCGUCAUCACCUUCAACAUCGGCGGUCAGCCCUACUCUCUGACCGGAGAGCAGUACGUCCUCAAGGUGAGUCCGAGCACAGGAUCAACCAGCAGGGGGCGACAGUGCGCUGGCUCAGAAAGAGACAAUACAGCGCCGUGAGGGACACAGACAAUGAGCGCGGUCUAGACCUGCUGUUUGUCUUUGGAGGGCGUCUCGGGAUGACGACUGUAGUGAGUCGGCGCAAUAUAAACAAAAUUUAAUUGAUUGAUUGACAAGUGAAGCUUUAAGAGGGAGAGAAAGGGGCGGAGCCUGAGGAGGACACGCACUGAGCAUGAUUGUGACCGAGUAACGAUAAUAAACAAAAAAGGAGGAAUAAUAAUAAUUAUAAUAAUUAUAAUAAUUAUUAUAAUAAUUAUUAUAAUAAUUAUAAUAAUUGUAAUAAUAAUUAUUAUAAUUAUUAUUAUUAUUAUAAUAAUUGUAAUAAUAAUUAUUAUAAUUAUUAUAAUAAUUAUAAUAAUUGUAAUAAUAAUUAUUAUAAUUAUUAUAAUAAUUAUAAUAAUUAUUAUUAUAAUUAUUAUAACUAUAAUAAUAAUAAUAAACUGAUUUAUGUUGAACAUCAGAACAGAUUCUUGAUUGUCCUGAUUUUUAACUCUUUGUUUUACCUUUUUUUUCUGUGACUGAUUUUAUUGAUUAUUGAUCAGAUCGAUGUUCUUCCUGUUUGUUGGUCAGCUGACCUUCUCACCUGUCUCCUGAUCUGCUCUCUCAUGUCCAUGUCUUCUCUGUCCCUCAGGUGAAUCAGGCAGGUAAGACCAUCUGUCUGAGCGGUUUCAUGGGUCUGGACAUCCCCGCACCUGCCGGGCCCCUGUGGAUUCUGGGAGAUGUAUUCAUCGGCCAGUACUACACGGUCUUUGACCGAGACAACAACAGGGUCGGCUUCGCCAAGUCUAAAUAAGCGUCUCCUGCAGGUGUGAGGAGGAGGAUCUGUGCUGCACGUCUUCUGUUGCUUUGAAAUCGACUCGUCUUUAGCAAUAGAUUGAGUGUAGAGCCUGGAUGAAGAUCUGAGCGAGUGAGCGUCCUGCAGACUGAGGGAACAGGUCAGACGUUUGAUGUGUGUGUCAUGUGAUCAUGUGAGCAGAGGUGUCAAAGGUCAGGGAUCAGAUGAUGGGAUGGGUACGGCCCUUUUUAACGUCCACAUGAUCUUCGUUUUAAUCAGGGAUUUGUUUUAAACUCUUCAUUUGAAUUUUAGGGCAAAGAUGUUCUUCUACUACUGAUGUUCUCUUACUUUGAUCUGAACAAUAAAAAAACGGUUUUAAAGGAAGCGGCUUCACUCUGAUCGUGUUUCACAGCUGAAGUCUAAACUGUGAGGAUCCGCUGAGUUCACGGAGAUCUGCUCUCAGUGUCUGGGAUCAGGAGUUCAGGGACAGACUGGUUGUGUCAGUAAGCACAACCAGAAUUCAUACAUGAGGAGGAUUUUUGAGAAAGUUAAAGGAUCUUAAGUUCACCUUAUAGUGUGAAAAUACGGUGCAGACAUGAAGAAGGAAACACAACAGCUGGAGUCGACAGAAAUCCACCGAAGAACGAUUUAGAAUGAAACAGAUCUGUGAAGAAUCUCCUGAUCCACCGGCAGGGAAAAUCAAUGAAUUAAUCAAUCAAUCAAUCCAUUCAAGCAGGAUAUAAAAAAAACAAUGAAAUGAAAUAAAUACAAAUACCAAACCCUGCCCAUACAGCACUCACACACACACACACACACACACACACUCUUCAACUCUCCACAGAUGACUGAAGAAACUCUGGAUCUCGGACUAAAACAAUAAAAACAUGAUAAAAUAUAAUGAAGGUGAUAAAGUGUUAAAGUUAAUUAAAUAAAACAGUCUGAAAAUCAAACAAUCAAAGAAAGUAAAUUAAAAAAAAA